GCGUCCUCUUGGCAGGCUCGCCGAUAAAGUGUCGCGUGCGAUGGUUCCACUCUCGCGUCUCGUCGCUAUAGGAAAGGACGUCCGGAUCUCUCCCGACGGAACGAAAUGCGCGCAGCUCGCGACGAAACGCGUGCGUCGAAUUAAAUAUCUUCGGAAGCUAGUGGUUGAAGCUGACGAAAGAAUGUACGUUGAGGAACGUUGAUUCUCGCGUUUGUCUUCGUUUUACAGUACAAAGAAGGUACACCGCGCUGUGCAAGUGUGUAUACUCUUUUUGCCAGCUUCUCUCCGUUUCCUCCGUAGUUCCUCGCGCGUUUUGCGUUGACAGAGAUUUUGCGAUACAAUUAAGGUGCGCGAGAACGAAAGGUGCAAACGACUGCAAGUGGAAUCGAAAUUCAAAACGGGCGUCGGGUGUUCGCUUGGUUGUCGAAGUGCUCGCGGAAUUUCCGCUCGUCAACGGUCAUCAUCGAUUUCGAGUGGCGAGGGGUUAACGCACCGACGACGGACGCGUCGUCAGCGAGACAGCUCUUUGAGAUACCGCGCCGAUACGCGCGAUUCGUCUCAUUGUCAGUCCGCGGACACGACGACGCGAACGCGCUGCUUCCGUCCGCGCUCAAGCUCGCCGUGUUUAUACGGCGCUCGCGACACUGUUUACGUUUCUUCUGCGCACGUGAGAGCAGGUAUACGCGGUAUCGAUCUCGAAUGGGAGCCUCUCUCGGAGAGAUCCCUUCAAUGAAUUGACCGGGCGCAGCAGUAGAGUUGUGCGCGCGGCCGUAAGAAGAGAAAGAAAUUGCAGUUCAUCCGUCACCGUCGCGUUGCUUUAUUAACCGUUCAAACAGCGACGGAGGCUUGUUAAAAUGAUAAAAGCGCGUUAAAAGUACUCCAGGUUAUUUUUACGGCUCUUAUCGAGAUACCUUCGCGCGAGCGUCGUGGAUAUAAAAACGGAUAAUGUCACGUUAGCUAAUUGCACGCAAGCAGUAUCGUUUUGACAAGUGCGACAAAAAAUUUAUCUUAUGCAUCAGGCAGGUGGCCGCAACGGAUAUUUUUACGUACCGAGGGAUCACUAUGGUGCGAGCUUUAUCUAUAAAGAGGGAGUGAAAAAAAACGUUAUGAGUGCGUGAGGUCAUUUUUGGCUGGCAACAAGGAUCGAAUCGUACCUGCGGAACCGUAAUCAGAGAUUUACGGUUAUCAAAGAAAGCUUCAUGAGCUGCUGUCCCUUCAUGACGCGGCUUGGGGAGAGGAUGGUCAGCAUGAGCUCCAUGCUCGUAGAGACAGUCAGUAUAAAUUAUGAAGAUUUUAAUGAAAGUUUUCUAACGUGUGGUACCUGUCUCUGCGUUUACGAUGGCAGUGAGCAUACACCUAAAUUACUACCAUGUUCACACACGGUAUGUUUACAUUGUUUAACAAGAAUUGCUGCGUCUCAGACACGAGAGACAGGAGCGUUUAGAUGUCCCAUUUGUAGAGAAUUAAUAACUAUUCCUCGUGGAGGGGUACCUGCACUGCCCCCGAGUUUUCUCGUAAACCAACUGCUGGACCUUAUGUCUCGGCAAAGACGAGAGGUCAUUCCAAAGUGUUCAGUUCAUAUAAAUCAGGAAUUAUUAUUUUGCGAAACAUGUGAUACAGUGUUCUGUACCGUGUGUACUGGUGGGACACAUGCAGGGACAUCACCUGGAUGCACAGAACACACAAUCAUCCCCUUCAGUAUUGCGAUAAAAAGAAUGUCUGAAAUAUUACUUUACAAAGCUAACGAGUGUAUAUCCAAGUUAACACAGGCACAAGAUUCUGUGAGCACGGAAUUGCAACGUUUGGAAGCUUCUACAGAAAAAUGUCUAAGCGCGGUAGACACGGAAUUCGCUGAAAUCAUCGCAAAGAUAGAGAAACGUCGAACGGAAUUGCAAGCUGCUGUAACCGCUGCCGCUCGUGAUAAAAAACACGUACUUGAAGAGCAACAUUCUCUUAUUGAGGCGGAGAAAACCAAAGUGGAGAGAGAAUGCGAAGGAUUGCAAUAUCAGGUCGAAGUCCGGAAUAUUACCCAACGUAUUAACAGCCUGUCAGAUCAGCUUGAUGCAGCGACUGCUCUUAGCGAACCUAAAGAGAAUGCCUUUAUCACGUUCGAGUUUAAUCACAACGACGCUCUCUUCCACUUAGAACAAGCACUGAAUAAUUUGGGACGAGUACGUUCUAGUACAACAUUACCAGGUUUGUGCAGAGCCAGAUUGAAAGACCUAGCGAUAGUGAAGUUACAAACAGUCGUCAUAGUCGAAACGGUAGAUUAUCACGGUCAUCCCCGAAAUGUCGGCGGUGAUCUUAUUACCGCUGAAUUAACAUUCGCGGAUAAUAUACAUGCGGACGCUCCUAUUGAGACAGAAGUGAAAGAUCUAGAGAAUGGAAUUUACGAAAUUUACUUCCGGCCUCCGACUGCGAAUCGAUAUGUUUUAAAGGUGUCGGUAUUCGAACGACCUAUAAAAGAUUAUCCGCUAUUUUUUGAUGCGACUGAGCACAAUGAACCUAUUAAAAUAUAUGGAAGACGUGGUAAUGGGAAAGAUGAAUUUCAUCAGCCAGUUUCAGUCGCAGUGGACGACGAAGGGAUGAUCUAUAUUUUAGAUACUGGAAAUUCUCGUAUUAAGGUAAUCAAUUGUGAUUUGGAGUUUCAAAGGCACAUAAACAAUGAAGGCUUAGAAGGUCGCAGCUGUACGGGAAUAGGUAUUUCUCAACAAGGUCUCGUAGUUGUAAAUUGGCGGACGCGAAAGAUUACAGAAAUGACUUCGCUGGGCGAUACAAUCCGAUCUUUCACGCAUAACGCAUUUCAAGAACCCAUAGACAUUGCAGUGGACAAGAGUUACGGGCACAUACUUGUCGCUGACAACGGUCAAAGCUGUGUAUUCGUAUUUGAUUCAGAUGGCAAGAUACUAUUCCAGGUUGGUAAGAGAAGCACGUUCAAGCUAAUCAGUUCUGUAACUGUUGGUCCGGCUGGUGAGAUUUUAGUUGCUGAUAGCAGAAUUCAAGUGUUUUCUGCGAAAGGAGAUUUUUCCGAAGAAAUAUAUCCCGAGGGCAAAGGAAAAGGUAUCUACGGAGGAAUAGCCGUAGACACAGACGGCAAAAUAAUCGGUACACGUACGGACAAGGGUCGUAGCAUAAUACAAGUACUAAAGUUAGGCGGAGGUAAUAUCUUAACCGAAAUCGACUCACACACCUCGAAAUUGCGACGUCCUUCAGGCGUAGCCGUGCUGCCUGAUAACCAUUUGGUGGUAGUGGAUUUGGGCAAUGAUUGUAUAAAAAAGUACAGGUAUUGGUAAAAAGUCAUUAUUUGUUUAAGCAUCAAAAUUCAAAUUGCAAGCGGGAAGAAAACUCAUUGCAAAAGUACCAAAAGUCAAUCUAAUUUAGAAUUAUUUAUUCAAGUUUUUGUGGAAUUGUAACAUCACAUAUUAUAUCAUGAAUGUAAUACCUAUGUUUUUAUAAAUUUUUAUAUAUAGUUUAUAAAUUAGUAUAAGACGUGAAAUGAGAUAGUAAUGUCAAGAAACCUUGACAUUACUGUUAUAACUUUGGUUUGCAUUAUAGCACCAUAUAUUACAAUUCAUAUUUUGCCCUCAUUUAUAAAAUUUAUUUAAUUUCUCUUGUGUUCGAUAUUGUGUUUUUUUUUUUCAUUUUCUGUAUAUCUGUGAGACAAAGAUUCUUACCAUUUUUAAAACAAAGUCACUCGAAAUGCUCAGUACUUACUGUAUAUAUACUUUUUGUAUUUGAUAAUUUCUUAAGUCAUUACGAUUAAUAUUUAAUCGUUUGAAUGCAUAAAACAACUUUGUUGUUACUGAUUAAUCUAGAUGAUACAUUGAUGGGUGAUAAUCCUUUUCUGAUUUUGUCAAAUUAAGUUUAAAAGUUGUUUAUCUUGUUUUUUGUGUCAAACAUGCAUUUCCUCGCAAUCGAUCAUAUAUUUCCGAAGCGUUUUUUUUUAAGCGUAAUCAGUUAUAAUUUUAAUCAGAAAGAAAUAAUCAAAUAUCAUGUGUAUACAAAAUAUACUUGAUUUUUAAUUAUUAGUCGCCACUUAUUGAUAACAAGCGUGAAUCAGCAACUAACGGUCUAUCCUUAUAUAGUCAAAGAUACGCAAAAAAUAAGUAAAUCUAAUGAUUUUCAAGUUUAUAAUGAUUUAAGUAUCAUAGAAUCUUCAAUUGAAAGAUUAUCUUUUUUUGUAUCAUUAUUGCAUUAUUGUAUUGUAUUUUUAUUGCACUAACCAUUUUUUUUUAAAUUAUCUGUAUUCAUAUCUAAUGUUUCCGAUUUAUAGCUCAUCUAUAAUAAUAUUUAUAUUUUACAGUUGGCUGAUUUAAUACUUAAACAUUUUUUGACUGAAUUUAUUAUAACGACAGAAUUAAUUUUUUUUUUUAAUCCAUCGUAAUAUAAUUUCUAUAAUUAUAAAAAGAGAUUGCAUUGUACACUAAAUUAUCAAGAUAAUCUGAACAACUUCUAGUCUUAAUUUGUACCAAAAAGGAAGGUAUCAUUAUUCACAGGUGUAUAAUGUUAUACAGAAGUAUUAUACACACGCGCGCGCGCGCGCGCACACACACACACACACACACACACACACACACACACACACACACAGAGAGAGACAGACAGACACACACUGCCGUUCCAUAUUAGUUUAUAAUAUAUCUCUUUCACAGUUAGAGUACAGAGCUUUGCAUUACAUAAAAUCAAUCAUAUAUGAUUGUUUAAAUACCAUACUGUUGAGAUAAACAAUUUCUUUAAAAUAUGAACAUGUGAACAUUUUUAUCAAUCAAAAUUAUAAAUAUUUUUUAAAUUUGAAAUUAUCGACGUUUUUGAAUUAUUUCAUAUUUUUUAAUUCACAUUAUCACUUGUAUAUCACAUUUCUUACAUUAUACUUAUAAAUUUAUGCUCUUUGUGACUUGGUAAAUCUUUUUUUUAUAUUUUUUCCUUUUUGUUUUAUUUUCAAACUUUGCAAUAAUUAUUACCCGUAAAAGUUUCUUAUGUUCCUAAGAAACAAAAAAUUCAGUUCGGCAUUAUGUGAUUUUUUAAUUAAUUAAAAAUAUAAAUUACAAUUAGUGUAAGAUAGCUAUGCAAAUAACUAGAAAUAUGAUAGGAAUUGUACAUAUAUUUUUUCAGUAUUAUUAUACAUUUUGAUAGAAUUGGCGACAUAGAUUUGUUUAUUUAGAAAUAUUUUCUAACUUUUGUGAAAGACGUGAUUCUCUCAACAUUAAUGUAUUUUUUUGAGGGCUUACAGUAUCAUUCAUCGUAAUUGUAUUUGUUGUUAAAAGGACAAUCCCAAUUUUUAUAAAUUUCACCGUGCUCAAAAUGACUUCAUUGGUGAGACAUGUACAUUGCCUAAGUUACUUUUAGAUAAAGUACAAGGAACUGACAUGAAAAUUUAAACAGCAAGGAUUUAUUAUAAGGCGUGAUUACUCUCUUUUUCGUUAUCCGAAAAUAUUUAACGCCCGUCUGUUAAGACCACGAUUAUGAUCAUGAAGUGUUAGCAAAAUAUCACCAUGAUGCAUAUCUACUUAUUCUUCGAUACUUACUUCUCAACACUGAGAGUGAUAAACUUACAUACGUACGGCUUACAGUCUCUGUUUCCUUAAGGCAGGAGAAUAUUUUUUCACGUAACAUACUUGUAUCCACACAUAGAAUCAAUUCUUAAAAUAAUUAGCUUUAACAUUUUUACGCCAUUUUAUGUUUUACGAGUGACUUAUGCGAGAGUUGCGUUUUUUUUUUUAGAACCAUUUGCCAUGUUAAUAUUGACGAGAAACCUUUGGUAUAAUCGUAAAAAUCUUUUUGUAGGACACGUAACCUUACAUUGUAAAUUUAGUGAAAAUAAUGAGUAACGAUGUGUUUUGCGGUUUGUGUUUUUGCAGCAAAUGCAAAAUAUUUUUGUUUUAUUAGUAAUUUUCUUUUUUUUACUGUAUCAGAGAUACAACAUUCCUUAUGAACUGCUUUGCAGAGUGAUCUGUGACUACGUUUACAUGUCCCUAAUCGAGUUUAAUAACAUGUAUAAGUUAUAAUGAGUAAAUUGUCGUAUGUUAAUUAAAUCCGGUUUUAUAAUAUCAAUUGUUAUUACUUUACACCUGUUAAUGAAAAGUUAUAGAUUUAUAAAUCCGGUUGUAAAGAAAAACUGUGUAACGCUAAGUAAGUUGUUAUGGCUUAUAUUGCCAACUUAAAAUUAUGAAAAAAAAAAAAAAAUAUAUAUAUAUAUAUACAUAUAACAUCAUCGUGUAUUUAAUUUACUGCACUUAGAAGUUAUCACGCAGGUAAACAUAACGAGAAUAAAAUAACAUUUGUUCGUGUAAAUAAGCACGCGUUUAAGAAGUUACAACUACAGAUGUUACUAAAUUCGAUUAACAUUUGACGUGUAAACGUAGUCCAUCAUAGGCUACAUUUAAUAUAAACAGUCGCAUAUUGCUUGUAUGUACGAAUACGAGUCACUAUAAAACACGUUAGUCUUUAGCGAAAAGCAUAACAGUGCCUUUAUUGAAAAGAUGCCACCAUACGGUUUAUAUCUUACGACGCGAUUAAUUGAUAUACAUAAAUAGAUAUUUCUUUCGUUCAAAUCAAUUUGUGUAUUAACACUUUGAUCGUGAUCUGAAUCAUUUUUAUAUAUUUUUGGAAACUAUAGCAUUUUGAUAAAAAAAAAAGGUACUCUUCACUUAGUCAUUAUGACUACAUAUGAGUGCCAGUGUGAAAACUAAAAAAAAAAAAAAAAAUUCAAACUAUCCUCAAUAUACAAAUUUCAUAAUUUCCAAGAAAAAAUAUAUUUAUGUAUACAAAAAAUAUGUUUUCUUAGAAAUUACGAAACUUUUAUUAUGACGAUAAUUUUUCAUUUAGUUUUCACACUGCAAAUUUUAGAAAAUUCUUUGAAAUCCAUGUUGUUCCACGACUACCAUGAUUUUGAUGGUAAAUUCUAAGAAAAAAUUCUUCUUUUGCGAUGUAACGUGUCAAAGUGUUAAAAUAGUGAAACGCGGUUGCAGAUCGAGAAUCAAAUCAGAACUUUCGUCGCUGUAAUCUGUAUCAAAUAUAUAUAUGUAUAUAUAUAUAUAUAUAUAUAUAUAUAUAUAUAUAUAUAUAUAUAUAUAUAUAUAUAUUUAUAUAUUUAUAUAGACCUAUAUUCAAAAAUUUCUGGUCCUGUUUGUUAUUCGAUGUUUAUCUAGAGUCAUCGAGAUCACAAAUGCGUUGAAGAUGUGUAAUUUUAUUCAAAGUCUGAUCCUGAAAGCUAAGCCUGAUUUACUGUCAAUAUCCUAUUGUUGCCUAAGUGUCUACUGUAAGUAGCAUACUGAUUAACUCAAAAUAGCUUUUUUUUUCUUCAUAUACGAAUCGUGCAGCCACCCAUUGUAAACGUCAGACUGAUAUAUAUCUCUUGUUUGUAUUUUUUGAUAUUGUUUAAUCUAGUCAUACAUCAGCUAUAACUGUAACACUUAUAUAUCAUGACUCUCAUGCUGUAAUAUACAAUACAUUGUAAAUAAAUAUAUAAGCUUGAUUUA